CAAUCAUCAAGUCAGCCUAUCAGACUCUAGUCAGCCUUCGAAAUGAAGUUCCUUAGUAGCAUCUCCCUGAUCGCCUCAUUGGCAAGCGCGGCUUCCAUUGCUCGACGUGAUAGCCCUCUUGAUGUUCAGUUGGAGAUGAUUAGCAACACUGGAGUUCAAGCUACUAUUACCAACAAUGGCAAUGAGGACUUGAAGAUCUUCAAGACUGGCACAUUCCUCGACAGUGCACCUGUGGAGAAGGUCCAGGUCUUCAAAGGCGAUGCUCAGGCACCCUUUACCGGUAUCCGUCUGCGGGUCAGCACCGCUAACAUUGAUGAGGAUGCCUUCCACACAAUCUCUGCUGGCGAGACCAUCCAGACCUUCUUCGAUGUCGGCGAGCUUCACGACCUUAGCGAGGGUGGUGACUACAGCCUUGUUGCCAGUGGCGCCAUGUCCUAUGCCAACGCCGACACCACUGAGAUUGCAGGUGUCGUGUCUUAUUCUAGCAAUUCUAUUUCUGCCACCGUUGACGGCGCUCAGGCAGCCGAGGUACAGAAGAGAUUUGUUCAGAAGCGCACCAUCGUUCAAACAGACUGCACCGGCACAAAGAGAACCUCCCAAUUGAACGCUGUCUCUAACUGCGCUGCUUUGGCUAGGGCAGCUGCCUCUGCUGCCACCUCCAACAGUGCCAAGGUUGUCGAAUAUUUCAAGUCUGCUUCUGCUUCAAGCACUCUCGUCACUGUUUUCAACCGUGUUGCUUCUGAGUGUGGCUCCACCACUUCAGGUGUUUCUAAGCAGUACUGCACCGAUGUCUACGGCGCUUGCAGCAGCAAUGUGUUGGCCUAUACUCUUCCCUCGGCAUCUUACAUGGUCUCUUGCCCCCUUUACUUCAGCGCACUGCCCGCUUUGACCAAGAGCUGCCACGCUCAAGACCAGGCCACUACCACCCUGCAUGAAGUCACCCACUUGAGCCAAAUCAAGGGCACGCAGGAUUUGGGUUACGGCUACACUGCUGCGACUAGGCUGUCUUCUUCCCAGGCUCUGAAUAAUGCUGACAGCUACGCCCUGUUCGCUAAUGCUAUCUACGCUGGCUGUUAAGUCUCCUAGCGCAUGAGACUCAUUGGAGAUGGUGUUGUUGGUUUAGUACGCAUGGAAAGACUUGACAAACCUUGAUUACAAAAGUCAGCGUGAU